AUGGGAUCAACCUUAUGUUGCUGUAGUUCGGAGAAGGUUGAUGAAGGGAUAACUGUGGUUACUCCAGGGAAUACAACGUGGAGAAUGUUUACCUACAAAGAGUUGUACACGGCUACUAAUGGUUUCAGCGACGAUAACAAGCUUGGAGAAGGUGGCUUUGGCUGUGUUUACUGGGGUAAAACCAAUGAUGGUCUUCAGAUAGCUGUUAAGAAAUUAAAAGCCGUGACUUCUAAAGCUGAAAUGGAAUUUGCUGUGGAAGUUGAAGUUCUUGGAAGGGUUAGGCACAAGAAUCUCUUGGGUCUAAGAGGUUACUGUGUUGGGACUGAUCAAAGGCUCAUAGUUUAUGAUUACAUGCCCAAUCUUAGCUUGCUGUCUCAUCUGCAUGGUCGAUUUGUUGGUGAGGUUCAAUUAGAUUGGAAAAGGAGAAUGAAGAUUGCGAUUGGUUCUGCAGAAGGCAUAUUGUACUUGCAUCAUGAGGUAACACCCCACAUCGUUCAUAGAGACAUUAAAGCAAGCAAUGUCCUGUUGGAUUCAGAUUUUGAACCGCUGGUUGCUGAUUUUGGCUUUGCGAAAUUAAUCCCAGAAGGCGUAAGCCACAUGACAACCCGUGUUAAGGGUACUUUAGGAUACCUUGCACCGGAAUAUGCCAUGUGGGGAAAGGUUUCUGACAGUUGCGAUGUUUAUAGUUUUGGUAUUCUCUUGCUUGAGCUUGUCACGGGAAGAAAGCCUAUAGAAAAGUUGCCUGGUGGUGUGAAGAGGACUAUAACCGAGUGGGCAGAGCCACUUAUAGCUAAAGGGCGGUUUAAAGACCUUGUUGAUCCAAGGCUUCGAGGAAAUUUCGAUGAAAACCAAUUGAAACAAACCAUCAAUGUCGCUGCUCUAUGCGUGCAAAGUGAACCUGAGAAGCGGCCAAACAUGAAGGAAGUGGUUAGUAUGCUAAAAGGGUAUGACAGAAGAGGCAAGUUGAUGCAGACGAGAAUGGAUAGCGUCAAGUACAAGGAAGAAUUACUGGCACUUGAUCAAACAAGUGAUGACGAUGACGGUGGUCCAGAGGAAAGCUAUGGAGUAUUUGGCGCCAUGGAGGUGCAAACGAUGCAAGACCCUUACAACCGACAUGGCAAUAGGAAACUUACCAAACAUUUUUGA